AUGUUUUCUCACCGCUGGGGGGAGGGAGAGCCUACAUACACCUUGGAAAAGCUCAAAGGCAACUCUCCCGGUUACCAAAAGCUCAAGAUGUUCUUGAAUGAAGCUUCGGAACGCGGAUUCGCGCUGGCUUGGUCGGAUACGUGUUGCAUUGAUAAGACCAGUAGUGCCGAACUCGAUGAGGCAAUCCGAUCCAUGUUCAGAUGGUACAGGAACUCGGCGCUCUGCAUUGUACACCUCGCGCAGACGGUCGAAAUGGACGACAUCAGCAAAGACGAGUGGUUCAGGCGGGCGUGGACGCUCCAAGAGCUUCUUGCCCCCUGGUGCAUCAAGUUCUUGAAUAAGGAGUGGAUUCCCCUAACUGACGACGAAAAUGAUAAAUUUAUCGUGAGAUCCGUCACUCGCAUCCCAGAAAUCCUCUUCUCAGAUGACAUUUCCAACCAUAAAACUCCAGUUGCUGAUAAGCUAGUGUGGGCUGCGGGUCGAGUAUCGACGCGAAGAGAAGAUAUGGCGUACUCCCUAAUGGGUUUGCUUGGGGUCAGCAUACAAAGCGCAUACGGGGAAGGGGGAGAUCGUGCGUUUCGCAGGCUACUUGAAGCCAUCAUUAACGAGCUUCAUGACCCAAGUGUGCUG